GUAGCAACGCUCGCCACUCUGUGGUAUCAGUUUAUUCUACUGAGCAAACUAAACUCUGACAAGAUGAGUGGUCGCGGAAAAGGAGGUAAGGGACUCGGUAAAGGAGGUGCCAAGCGUCACCGUAAAGUGCUCCGUGAUAACAUCCAGGGAAUCACCAAACCCGCCAUCCGCCGUCUGGCUCGCCGUGGCGGAGUGAAGCGUAUCUCCGGUCUGAUCUACGAGGAGACCCGCGGUGUGCUCAAGGUGUUCCUGGAGAACGUGAUCCGUGAUGCCGUCACCUACACCGAGCACGCCAAGAGGAAGACUGUGACCGCCAUGGAUGUGGUGUACGCUCUGAAGAGGCAGGGCCGCACCCUUUAACCCACUGCCACAUAUCUGAGAAGCCGACGCUCACCAACAAUGGCAAGAACCAAGCAGACCGCUCGUAAGUCCACCGGAGGCAAAGCCCCCAGAAAGCAGCUGGCCACCAAGGCCGCUCGUAAGAGCGCCCCGGCCACCGGCGGCGUGAAGAAGCCUCACCGUUACAGGCCCGGUACCGUGGCCCUGAGAGAGAUCCGUCGCUACCAGAAGUCCACCGAGCUGCUGAUCCGCAAGCUGCCCUUCCAGCGCCUGGUGAGGGAGAUCGCCCAGGACUUCAAGACCGACCUGCGCUUCCAGAGCUCUGCUGUCAUGGCUCUGCAGGAGUCCAGCGAGGCUUACCUGGUCGGCCUGUUCGAGGACACCAACCUGUGCGCCAUCCACGCCAAGAGGGUCACUAUCAUGCCCAAAGACAUCCAGCUGGCCCGCCGUAUCCGCGGAGAGCGGGCUUAGACUGACCUGAGACCAGCCACACUUGACCACAGUUAACACAACGGCUCUUUUAAGAGCCACACA